AUGGCAUUAACAGAAGUUGGUYCUGAAAAGAACCGUUUUGAGGAGCUAUAUGGCAUGUUUAGCAUGCAACCAGCACCGGUGUUGGAAGAAUUAGUUCGAGAUCAGGCGACACUAAUCUUGGACUUCCACAGGACCACAGAACUGGAUUUAACUGAAACUAAGUAUAGGUAUACUACUGGAGUCGCGGUUAUAGAAUUUGGAGAGCAAGGGAAAAAAGAAGAAUUGAGUGUGGUCCUUUGUUCAGUGAUAAAAGUGUGUUUAAGUACACUGCAAGGGAUUCACCAUGUCCAGUUUACAGCAAUGGCCAUAAUCAAUAGAGUUAUUGAUAUUUCUGUACAAUACAACGUGUCUUUUACUAAAGCUGCUGAAUCUGACUACUUGCACCAUCCACACUAUGUAUCWGAAAUGAAUAAAUUCAAAUCAAUCCAAGAUGAUUYAAGUACUGAUGAUGAUAAAACAAAAUUGGGUGGUCCAAAUAAAAAAUUGACAUCCAUGUGGCGUUAUUUCAUCGGAGAUCAGACAUUCAGUAACAAAACUGAGAACUCAAAAAUGAAUAAGAAUGCUAGCGAAAGCGUGAUUGGAAUUUUAUCCAACGUUCACGUCUUAUCGAUUAUCAAUGUAUUGCACAAUUCUCUAACCCUAUACAAAAGAGUUAUUGGAAGUAAACGUUUGUGUCCACCGAGUCAUAGAUCCAGUCAUUGCAGUUAUCAUUGUUUGCAAAUACUCAGCGCUCGGACAUUGCUAUUCAUGUCGCUAAAUGAUAAUGUAAAAAGCGAGCUCGUGAAGGAACCACAAUUAAAAAUAUUGGCUGCCUCACUUGAAUCUACCAACGAUCCGCAAUUACUCGUGUUGGUGUUGCAAAUUGUGGCAUCCAUCGCACUGAACACAAAACAUCAUCGGGAGUUGAUAGAUCGUGAAAUUCCAACUAUUCUGAAUCAAUUGCUAUUGCCAUCUGAUGAAUGGUAUUAUACGAACCAUAGUGACAAAUACGGGCGCUACGUAAAACAUCAUGCAGCUAGGGUAUUGGUUUACUUGGGAUUCUCGUACCGAAUCAAUAUUUCAAUUUUUGACAUGUUUCAAGUAGAUGUACAACCAAAUCCACCCAUARCAAAAUCAUAUGAAGACAACUACAUCGCUGUGACGUCCUUAUCUCCAAGUUUUGUAUUGAACUCAAAUCAGACAAAGCUAUUAGGUGUAUCAAUUGAAACUGCAAUUAUGAACGUGUUAAAAGAGAUUGAGCAAUCAUUAAGUCAAACUGCUACACCGUCUGAAGUUUUCACAUUGCAUUGGGCACUGAAUGGCAAAUCUUAUAGUCUUCUACAAGAUAAUGAACAACGUAUGACCGAAAACAAGUAUCCAACAGAUGUCCGUUCGUCACUGUUUGUGCAGACCUUCGUGGCAUGCGCCGCGAGCACCAUGGACCCCGUGCUCUUGGUCCGGUUGCUCGCCAACCGUCUAGUCACCACACCACUUUACCCACGAAACAGUUCAAGUAUCACAUCGAUGUCAGGGCAAGACCCGUUCCCUCCCAGAACUACGAGGAGUCGAGCCUCGUCAACAGACACGAAUGCCAGCACCCGAAGAAAACGCAUCAAUAAUUUAAGUCUKGAUACUACAAAAUGUUAUGGUUAUGAUUCAGUUGAUGGAAUUCCUUCAAAAGGGAAAUCAAAAUCGGUAGGCAUGUAUAUUCGUCGCCGUCGGAGCAGUAGCAGCAGCACAGGUGGUUUUGGUAUUGAACCAGCCCUUCAAGCAACUUUUAAUGCUUUUUCAACUAUAAUCAAACAUGACGUAUUUAAAGAUAACACAAUGAGUCCAGACAUAGAUAUUGAUGAAUAUAGAACUUCUAGUGUUUCAUUGACUUCAACAAAAGCACUACCUGGAGGACUGAACUUUCAAUUUCCUCCGAGAAAUCGCCCAUCUGUAAAGUCGUCCAAUAUUCGUAAUAUCACCAAUGAGCGAUCUAAAUCACAAGCAAACAUCACAAAGGUAAGGAGUGACUCUUAUCAACAAACACCAGAACAAGAAAUUUUAGCCAUACAAAAACAAUUGCAAAAUUUACCGGAUUUGGAUUCUCCCAGUCGUGUAUUUUCAAGACGCUUGCCGUUAGAUUCUACAUUCACAACAGCCAAUACCGAAUUCAUCCCAGUAACAAGACCAAGAUCUAGAUCUAUGCCUCGUGUUGCUUACGAAUCAAACCGCUAUUUGACAUUACCAGAUUCAUUCCCAUUCAAUUGUCGUUUGCCAAGAGGUCGUUCGGCUGGAACAUUGGGAUUUCAGAAUUUAGAAAUCCCUACGAUUUUACAUGGAGGAAAAACUGCUUUCAAGUUGCCAUUCAAUUUGAACACCAUCGAGACCCCAACGUCCAAUAUUAAUAAACAAUCGAAUUUGGYGAAAAUUCUAAAGAAAUGCAAGCUCAUAGUUUGGGAUGAAAGCACAAUGUCUCAUAAGAAAGGAUUUGAAGCUUUAAACAAUUUCGUACCAAGAGGAAUUCAAGCUAUAAAUGAAAUUGCAGCUUCCAUCAAGUCUUCAUAUUUGUGGCCUCUARUAGAAAAAGUUUCUUUAACCAUAAAUAUGCGAGUACAUUUAAAAGGAGACAGGACUGCUAAACAGUUUUCAGAGUUACUCUUAAAAUAG